CGGUGGACAGUGAACGACAGCGAUGAUGGGUGAUUCGUUAUUGAAACAAUAAAUAAGUAAGAAGAAAAUAAAAAUCAGAGACGUUUUGCUCGCGAGAAAUUGCGACACGGCAGUGAGACAAAUUUAGCCGAAAAAAUAUAGUAAAAACCGAACCGAAGGAGAUUCUCGGUGGGGAGAGAGCAAACUGUUGCUGCUGAUUCUAGUGGCGCUGCCACUGGGCCAGAGCCACUGGGUGGCUGUGGUGGCGCUGGUGGCGGUGGCAGUUUUGGUUUGGCGGGUGGCGGUGCCAAAUGAUGAUCAUGACCGCGUAGAGACGCAAAUAAAUAUAAUUGAAACACCAUCAAACUAUAAGCAAAUAAAACCUGACGACGCCACCACGGUGCGGGCAUUGUGUAACUGUAACGGUAUCAACGCUAUCGCCAACAUGAACAAAACGAUUCUCCACUGGAGCUACCUGAACUUCAAGGAUGUGCCGAUGGAUCUCUUUCUCUACGAGGAUCUCGAGGAGGUCUACCUCAAAGAGAACUUCAUAUCGGUUAUACCCAAAUGGUUGCUAAACAUCACUACCCUAAAGUUUAUCCAUCUGGCGGGCAAUAAUCUCAGUGAGCUGCCUACCGAUAUCUAUAUGCUGGAGAACCUGGAGUUCCUGGACGUUUCUAACAAUGAGCUGAAGGAACUGCCUCCCACCUUAGGUCUCCUGUUGAGUCUCCAGCAACUAAAUGUCUCGGGCAAUCAGCUAACCGAACUUCCAGUGGAGCUGAGCAGCUUGCGCAAUCUGGAGCACCUGAAUAUCGCCAAGAACCAAUUUCGCCGCCUGCCGAUACAGCUGAGCGAAUGCGUCCGCCUGAACGAGCUCAAUGUGAGCGACAACGAGGCGCUGCUCCACAUCCCCGAGCGCAUCUCCAACCUGCCCAUGCUACAGUCCCUUGCCGCUGAUCGCUGUGCUCUCGUCUAUCUACCGGCUGCACUCUCCAAGUUUAUGAACCAUGUGCGCAUCUUCCACAACACGGCUAUCAACUACAUACCCAUGGUCUACGAAAGGUUCUACCAAAACUUCUACGACAACCGCCAGAGAAGCACGCCCAUCGCCAUUCAUCGGAAGGGUCUUUUUUGGAUUCGCGAGUUAGAGAGCAACACCAGGCUGAUGCUUCCCGUAGGCACUCGUACAGUAUUUCCGGUUCCUUCUCGAGAAAAUCGGGUCACACUCUACGACGACUGCCUGCAUGCCGUUCAAACCCUGAAUCGCUCUGUCCCCGUCUAUGAGAACACCGCCCUGCAUCGCCUGCUGCCGGAACCUUACAUCAGUUCCCACAUCAACAACGGCCCCAUCGCCCGCUGCACGAACUCCACCUGCUCCAGAUGUCUAUACACCUCGUACUACUUCAUGGUCGUGAAAAGGCGUGGCAGCACAUCCAAGCAGCUCUUCACCUGCAACUUCUGCACCAACCGCUGUGCUCUCCUUUGGCUAACCAGCAAUGACAAAAAGUACUACCAAUUGACUUGGCGAGUGUCGGAUGAAGACGAUGAUGAUGAUGAUGGAGAACACGGAUCCAGUGCCAAAUAAUCAUUGGAAUUUGGAUGACCUCGUUGUAUAUAGUCAUACAUGUAUAAUUAUUUAAUUAUUAUCUUUAAUUACCAUUAA